AUGGCUCUCUCAAUCACGACUAUAGCCAUCUCGGCCGUCGUGGGCCUAAUUCUCUACAAGGGCAUCAUUUACCCGGCGUUUAUCUCGCCGCUGGCCAAGAUCCCCAAUGCCCACUGGAGUGUCCCCAUCUCUCCGGCCUGGAUGCUCUGGAGACGGUUCAGCAUGCAGAAUAAUCGCACGAUCCAGGCUGCGCAUGAGCGUCUCGGUCCGCUAGUUAGACUUGGACCGGAGGAGAUUUCGAUUAAUUGCGUGGAUGAGGGGAUCAAGACGGUCUAUACCGGCGGGUUCGAGAAGCAUGAGUGGUAUCCAAGGGUGUUUGGAUCUCUCGGAACCGUGAGCAUGUUCACCAUGGUUGGGACCAAGCCUCACUCCGUCCGGAAGAGGAUGCUAUCCAAUAUCUAUUCCAAGUCCACUUUGCAGACGUCACCCCAUCUGCGAUUGGUCUCUAAUGCAGUCGUAUUUGAUCGCUUAUUGCCCAUUAUUCAUGAGUCUGUCGAGUCAAACAAACCUCUCGAUGUGCAUGACCUGGACAUGGGUCUGACAAUGGAUUUCGUCUCAUGCUACCUGUUCGGCCUGAACAAUGGUACAAAUCAUCUCCAGGACCAUGAAUAUCGCAAGCAGUGGCUUCACAUGUAUCUGUGCCGGAAACCAUUCGAAUUCUAUCAUCAAGAAACCCCGAAGUUACAGGGCUGGCUUAGCUGUGUCGGACUCCGAGUGAUUCCCAGUUACUGCGACGACGCGAAUGAAGUACUUGAUGCGUGGGCAUUGGAUCUGUGUGGCAAGGCCGCGGACUGUCUGGACUCGACGGACCCGGCAGUGGAGCCUAUUGUCUACAAGCAGUUGAAACAAAGCCUCGACAAACAGUCUAUGAAAGAUACCGGGUCUAAACAAGACCACAAGCAGCAGCAGAUUGACAUCGCCUGCGAAAUGUACGAUCAGCUUACCGCGGGCUUUGAGACAAGUGCUGUUGGUCUUACGUACCUGUUCUGGGAACUAUCCAAGAACCCAGAGUGGCAGGAGAAGCUUCGCGAGGAACUAACGACCCUCGACCCUCCGAUCAAAUUCCCCAAGUCCGCGGACCUACCCCCGGCGAAGUCGAUUGAUAAUCUGCCCGUGUUGGAAGCUAUUGUCACGGAGACCCUGCGCCUUCAUGCGCCAAUCCCGGGUAUCCAGCCCCGAGUCACGCCCUCUCCCUCUUGUUCACUGGCCGGAUGUGACAACAUCCCCGUCGGUACGCGAGUCAACGCGCAGGCCUAUUCCCUGCACCGAAACCCUGACGUCUUCCCCGACCCGGAGAGCUGGCAGCCGAGCCGCUGGCUCAAGGAAGAGAACUCGCUGGCCGAGCUCGAGGAAAGACGCCGCUGGUUCUGGGCCUUUGGGAGUGGAGGGCGGAUGUGCGUGGGUAGCAAUCUGGCCUUGCAAGAGUCCAAACUCGUUGCGGCUGCGGUUUAUACCAACUUCCGCACCACCAUCGUCAACGACGAGGGUAUCGAAGCCAUCGAUGCAUACACCGUGCAUCCCAAGGCAGAGAAACUGAUACUGCAAUUCCACGCAGUCUAG